AUGGAUGAGAGGACGCCUAAGGACACAGACGUGCAGGAUACUGCUAUAAACCCACUACUCUCUGGAACAUUCACUCUUACUUCCCCUUCGCCACCUACGCAUGUUCCACGACAGAUGACCGAUAUUCCCUCACCAAUAGGUCCCACUCUCGAGCCCUCCGAAGCCAGCCUCCCAAACAGCUACACCGUCAAAGCUAGGCUACCAAUUACAACAUCCAGCUGUGACGUCUCUUCCUUUGAAGCUCUGCUGAAGACAGCAGACCUUCCGCUCCCUGGACCUGCAUAUUUCUGCGCUCGCAGAGCGCUAUGGUGGGCGCCAGGUCCCUAUCCAGCUCAAGUCGUGGAAACAUCUCCUUCGCGACGGAAACUUGAGAACUUACUCAAUGAGGGGGGCGCAGAAGAGAGCAAACAAGUUUGGGAUGCUGGGCUGGCUAAAGUGUGGGAAAGCCUUGUAAGCGGUGUACGACUAAAGAAACGUCUUCCACUCAGCAUGGUGAUUAAGAUUCUGAAGGCAGGCUGGAUACAGGAUGGUACAUGGCCCAGAGGUGGGGUGGCUCCCGAGCCAGACGAUGUUUUAGAGAGCUCGAUUGCGCAGAUCGAACAAAUUGACGCAGAGUGA